AUGUGGUAUUCCGAGCAUAGCGGUUGUGGCGGAGGGGCUUGGUGGAUUCAAGGCUUUAGGAGUCACAAUCCUAUCAUCUCCUUGAUCCGGCAGUGUUUGCCAGAUCCACUGCCAAUAGCCACAGCCGAGGAGGAUGACUACUACAAGUGGAAACUAGGUCCUCAAGGGGUCCCAAAAGCAUUUUCAGCAUCGGCUACUUGGAAUUUCCUUCACCCAUGCCCGCCUGCUGUCACCUGGAAUAAAGCAUUUUGGUCUUCUGGAAGGAUACCAAAACACGCUUUUAUCUGUUGGGUAGCUGCUAGGGACAGGCUGUACACUAGAGACAGGCUUAGGGAUUGGGGUCUGAUUAUCCCCACCGUCUGCCUCCUCUGCAACUCUGUUGACGAAUCAAGAGAUUACUUAUUCUUCAACUGCCCCUACAGCCAAGAGGUGUGGACGGCUUUUACCACGCCUGCAAACGUCCAUCCUCCUCUGCCUUUCGCUUUGCUGCUCAACUGGAUGGCCAGCCCACCGGCUACCAAGAAUGCCGCCCUCAUCAUCAGAUUCGCUUUCCAAGCUUCUUUAUAUGCUAUUUGGAAGGAAAGGAAUUCUAGACUUUAUUCGGCGGUCUUCCGCCCGACGGUUACUAUUGUGGAAGACAUCAAGAGACUGCUUCGAGCUCGACUAGACUCUCUCUCUCAGGCGCUUCCAAACACCCCUUCAUCAGUUUCGUACCUCUCCACCUGGUUCUCGAUUUACUAA